GCGCAACCUUUGGUUGUCACGUACCGUCCUAACGUUUAUUCUACCUACCUACCACUUGACAAUUCUACUACUUUUACCUUUCUACCUUUCUACCUUUCAAUCUACACGAUCUUCCCAAUCGAAGCAGCACGUCAACAACCGCAACUGCCUAAGCCUACUAACACGAUCGGUUAGGCCGAUCACCUAACCGACCAUGAUGAACACGCUUCCAACAGAGAUCGUUAUCCAAAUCAUCGAAUGGACAGCCGUGGUUUAUUAUGGCGACAAGAACAUGGUUCUUGAGCUGCGCAAGGUUUGCAAACUAUUCGACGAGAUCUUGAGACCCAUUGCCUUCUGCACUCUUCCGAUAGAUUACACUCGCGUAGACUACUACCAGGCAAACACGCGCGCGCCCUUGAAGCGCCAGGCACUGCGUCGCAUUGCACCUUAUUGUCAAUCUUUGUUCAUUGAUAUGAUGGUCGUGAGAGACGAUGGUGAAUGCCAGUUUCUGGAGAAUGCGUUCGCCCCUAUCCCCAAGAUGAAGGAGUGGGUGUCGAAUUUACGAGAAUGGUACUGCAUGAACGAGGACACAUUUACGCCCAUGGAAUACCGAGCCGCCCUUGAGAUGAUGCUCAAUUACACUCCGAAUACUACCUCCAUGAAGCUGAACUUGCCUUUCCAGCUGGUAGCUUGUGGUCUCCAAUACCGUGCUUCUACUAUGAUCCUGGGAAACACCUUCGAUUUGCUAGCCAACCGACGAGAAGGUUCCAAGGAGUUGAAGACGUUGUCGUUGGAGAAUCUGUCUGAUAUAUCGAUCGGCCAAUUGUGGGGAAAUCCAUCAGACGUGAAGAACAUCAUCAAAACUUUUGGUGAACUAAACCACUUGUCUUUGUCACUGCGACGACACUGGGUUGGUCAAGCCCCUCUCUGGCACGCUCACCGACUAUGGGAGAUGAUCUGCAAGGCUGGGAAGCUUGAGAGCCUGUGUCUCAUAGACUUGGACGUUGGCGAUACCCCCAGACCCGCGAAGCUCAUUACCACAAAGGCGACCGAUUCUACCCACUCCGACUGGGAAUAUCGAUCUCUCCCCUUAAUCGUCCGCCCGCCCAAGUCUUUCUUACCGAACUUGACCUACCUCGAACUCCGUAACCUCAACAUCAAGGCUGAUGCGUUAGUGUGCAUGUUCAAGAACUUUGCCAACUGUCUCCAAGAGCUCUACCUUGACAACGUGUACCUAAAAACCACGUAUUGCAUCGAGUGGUCCCUGGCGGUGAACUAUGGAGAUCUCUGGAUCGGCCUACCCAAUAAGCGACCCAGGGCCAACCAGCGCUGGCUUGCGACGUACCUACGCCAGAUCCGCGCACAACUGCGCGUGUGUCGCGCCACUAACCUGGGCUAUGACCGAUUUGUGAGAAGAGGAAUAAUCGAGGCGCCUGCGGUUGUCAAGUAUGACAUUUCUGACCCCUGCGGGCUUGAUCGUACUAUAGAGCAGCGUUUUGUGGAAGUCUUCAUGGGCUACGAACAGCCCAAUACGCCCGAAGGCUUGCCCGUGGUCUACCUUCCAAGAACAGAAGCGCAAGACGCCUGGGCGAUGGCAGAUCGAAAGCGCCCCACAGAAGUGAAUGCCGAGGACUGGGACGCAUCGCUUUAUCCGCCCGCAAAACGCCACCCGACUUCGACCUUGCAGAAGUCCAUCGACGGCAAGUUUGCGAACUACAACCCGUGGACACUGAGAACCCUCCGCUAUUUUGCUAACCGCACAAGCGAGGGUCUUAAGGAGCUCAACAAUUUGCGAAUGCGAGAGAGACAGGAGAACCAGGAGAACCAAGAAAACCAAGAAAGCCAAGAUUAAGUCUUGGAUGCGAUGAAUGGAUGGAUGGGGUCUAUCAGAGGAUGAGUAGUCGAUGCCCCACGAUGAAUGUUACCUUUGAAUUAUUGUUGGAAACGAAAUGAUACCCCUGUGUUUACGGUCUUACCCCGUAUCCCCUUUUCCCGUGUCUUUUUUCUCCUAUUACGAUAGCUACUUUUGUGAGUUUCACUAAGCACUUAGGUAGUUCUCUAAUACAGAGUAAUUGGGAGAAUGGUGUAAGAGGCUUAAUUAGCUGAGUGCUACUUGACUUGAACCUGCAUGGAAUGAAUAUUCAAGUAAUGUUGAUGGC